CUGUUUUAAGUCACGUGACAGUCCAAAGUUCAGACCGUCAACAUGGCAGCAAUAUUACAGCGAGGAACUCGAGUAGCACUGUUCCAUGACAACUGCUGUGCGUUACGAUGGUUGAGUACAUCUGCAUCAAACCUUGCUGCUGCCCCAUCAGCUUCCAAAAAGACCCUAGCCAAGCCAAAUGUGAAGAAUGUAGUUUUAGUGGCAGGUGUCCGCACUCCAUUUCUAUUGUCUGGGACACAUUACAAGAAUCUUAUGGCUCAUGAUCUUAUGAGGACAGCGCUGCAAGGUCUUGUUAAAAGAACUGGGAUUUCUAAAGAUUCAGUGGACUAUAUUGUGUGUGGCAAUGUGAUACAAGAAGUGAAAACAAGCAACCUCACUCGAGAGGCUGCUCUUGGUGCUGGGUUCUCCAAUCGAAUUCCAGCACACACCGUCACACAAGCUUGUAUAUCAUCAAAUCAAGCAAUUACCACAGGAAUUGGUAUGAUUACAUCCGGACAAUGUGACGUUGUUAUUGCUGGUGGAGUGGAGUUCAUGUCUGAUGUCCCUAUUCGUCACAGCCGCAAGAUGCGUCAGCUGAUGUUGACCAUGAACAAAGCGAAAACCAUCCCAGCUCGCCUCCAGCUCAUCAGUCAGAUGUUGUCACCAGCAGCUCUAAUUCCAGAGUUGCCGGCAGUAGCAGAAUUUUCUACAGGAGAAACUAUGGGACAUUCAGGAGACAGAUUGGCUGCAGCAUUUGGAAUAUCAAGACAAGAACAGGAUGAGUUUGCUCUGCGAUCUCACACAUUGGCACAAGAAGCUUCGGAUAAAGGCUAUUUAUCUGACAGACUGACGUACAAAGUUCCAGGUGUAACAGAGCCUGUUGCUGCAGACAAUGGUAUAAGGGUUUCUUCAAUGGCACAGAUGUCCAAGCUGAAGGCAGCUUUUGUUAAACCGCAUGGCACUGUCACUGCAGCUAAUUCAUCUUUCCUGACCGAUGGAGCCUCGGCCUGUUUGAUAAUGUCUGAAGAGGCAGCCCUCGCGAGGGGAUUCAAACCCAUUGCCUAUCUUAGAGAUUACAUGUAUGUCUCUCAGGAUCCCACUGAUCAGUUACUCCUCGGUCCAGCUUAUGGAACACCAAAGAUUCUUGACAAGGCCGGCCUCAAAUUGUCAGACAUCAGUGUGUUUGAAUACCAUGAAGCUUUCGCUGGUCAGAUUCUGGCAAAUCUUAAAGCUUUGGACUCUGACUUUUUUGCCAAAACCUACAUGGGAAGGCAAAGCAAGUUUGGAUCCCCACCAUUGGAGAAAUUUAACACUUGGGGUGGUUCCCUCUCUCUCGGCCAUCCAUUUGGGGCAACUGGAGUUCGGUUGGUGACAACAGCUGCUAAUCGCUUGAAGAAAGAAGAUGGACAGUAUGGACUAGUUGCAGCUUGUGCAGCUGGAGGACUUGGACAUGUGAUGAUUGUGGAGCGAUACCCUUCCAAAUAGUUCAUGAUUUUCUUGUGAACAAAAGCACGUCAAUGCAGUUGUGUACACCAGUUACUGACAAAGAACCGUGUGCGUGUGUGUGUUGAAAGAGCACCAAGUGUUUUGUGAACACAGCUUUGUAUGCCUGUUGGAAAAAAAUAAAAGAGAGGACAUUUUGUCCAGCUGUCGACUGGGAAUAUUGUGUGCGUCAGAAUGUUAGAAAUGAUGUCUGGAAUAUUUAUCAUGUACUGUGUGUAAUUUUUUUUUGUAAAUUUAAAGUUGGAAGAUUAAUACUUGUGGAAAUUAUGUGUAAUUGUUUGUUAGGGUAUGUAUGACCUGUGAGGUUUCACAGUGCUGACCCCAGUUCAUGUUGAUAUUCUCAGAAAGGGGACAUAAAAUUGAUCGCUCUAGGUGAACGAAUUGUUUUUCUCCAUUCAGGUAUAGUGCCCAAUGACUGGUAUAAAAAAUGCAAUCCUUUGCUGCUAUUCGGUGGAAGUAGCCUAUGUAUGAUCGCAGUGGAUGAUUUCCUCCGUCAAUUUCCAAUCCAAGUGUGGUAUAAUUACCUAUGUUAAACAUUAAAUAGCUCUUUCAGUAAAACAUUCUCAUUCUCUCUCCCGCCCCCCCCCCCCUUUUUUUUUUUUUUUUUGGUCAUUGCAUUUUAACAACUAACAUUUUCUAACCAUUUAUUUCACAUUUAUUUCCAUUAUUGAGAUGUCCAUCUGGAUAGAAACAUCUAUAGCUUGAAUAUGUUGGUUGGCUUACUGGCAGAGGCACUGUAAGAAUGUUUUUUAUGUGUAUAUACGUCCAUGUUUGAAGUUUCUAGCGGUGCUGCAUAAAGAAUCCACAUAAUUUUCACUUGUGAUUUUGUAUAUACAUGCAUUCUUACUGGUCACGUCUGAUUUAUAAUAAAUACACAAAAUUA